AUGUUUCUGACCAUUUCCAGAUUCAGUGUGGGGGUCUGGCUGUGUCUCGUAUUGCUUCAUGCGUGCGGCACUGCAGCAUUGGCAUAUCCAUACACCGUCUAUCGGGGCACAUUCAUUCAUCUCCCCCGCCUGAAUCUGAGCGCGGAGGCUCCGGAGCUCGCUCGCCACCAAGGUGUUCUGUGGGUCUCGUCUGAAGAUGGCCGGAUCAAGGGAUUCGAUUGGACCGUCAAUGAUGAUGCGAGCUUCAAGUCGUUCCUGUCUAGCCACGGCUGGACGGAUGCCACUGCCACUGGUGGCAAUGGCGAUUCAACCACCCCCGUCAUGGUGGUGCAGUCCAACGAUGAGAAUAACGAGUUCUUCUUCCCCGGAUUCAUCGACACCCACAUCCACGCGCCGCAGUUCCCCAACAUUGGCCUGUUCGGAUCAUCAGGCCUCCUGGACUGGCUGAACGAGUACACUUUCCCAGUAGAAGCUAGCUUUGGCUCCAAGUCAGACCCAAAGAACCAACAGACAGAUCCCAAGCAGAUUCCACCCGAGGGUCUGCGCGUCUAUGAUGAAGUCGUCGCCCGCACCCUGGCCCACGGCACAACCUGCGCAUCCUACUUCGCCACAAUCCACGUCCCAGCAACCAACGCCCUCGCAGCCCUGUGCCACUCCCACGGCCAGCGUGCAUUUAUCGGCCGUGUCUGCAUGGAUAACCCCGAUCAAUGCCCCUCCUAUUACAUCGACCCAUCCGCCGAGGAGGGCAUCAACGCAACCCAGUCGACCAUAGACUACAUCCAGACGCUCGACCCCAACGGGACAUUGAUCCACCCAAUCGUCACCCCCCGAUUUGCCCCGAGCUGCACCAAUGCCUCGCUCGAUGGCCUCGGCAAACUGGCCGCAUCGUACCACCCGCCCCUGCACAUCCAAACACAUAUCUCCGAGACGCUCGACGAGAUCGCCCUCGUCCACCAACUGUUUCCGGAGGCAUCCAGCUACGCCGAUGUCUAUGAUCAGGCUCACUUGCUGACCAACCGAACCAUUCUUGCACAUGGCGUACAUCUCACCAAGGACGAGCGCACUCUCAUCCGCGCGCGCGGCUCCAAGGUCGCACACUGCCCCGCGUCCAACUCAGCCCUGGGUUCGGGCCUUGCUCCCGUGCGGCUAAUGCUCAACGAGGGCGUCACCGUCGGCCUAGGUACAGAUGUGAGCGGCGGGUACAGCCCCAGUAUCCUCGAAACGGCGCGACAAGCCUGUCUGGUCUCCCGAUUGCUGCAGUAUAGCGCCGAGUAUCAAGAGAUGAACGGCAAUGCAACCUCGGAUGGAACCGAGAAACUCUCGGUGGAGGACAGCCUUUACCUCGCCACUCGCGGCGGCGCAGCAGUCGUCGAUAUGGCCGAUGACAUUGGCGGCUUCGAUAUGGGGAUGAUCUGGGAUGCGCAGCUGAUUGAGCUGGGCGCAGUGCUGAAGGACACCGUGAGCCCGCUUGAUGCCGCGCCGGUGAAUGGUCUCGCUGCUCGGAGUCUGGCCCCGUCGGGUCCGGUGGGUAAUGUUGAUUUAUUCGGGAAUGAGACUUGGCAGGAGCGGAUUCAGAAGUGGAUGUGGAGUGGUGAUGAUCGGAAUGUGAAGAAUGUGUGGGUUCAGGGAGCGCUGGUGCAUACCAGGGAGUAG